AUUAGACAGUCGCUGCUUUUAAAACAAUGGUUUCAUAAUUUACAUGAAGCAGAACGAUGCUGAUGUGACUUCUUCAGCAUGUUCAACUCUUGUUACAAUUCAUAUGGCCAGAGAGAUACAUUUGUAAGGUUGGAUGAUCUUGAUUCUAACAAUUCAGUGCAAUCCAGCCCACGAGGAAUCAUGAAGAAGCUCAGAUUUAAUAUAGAGGGUAAGCCACUUCCUGGUCGUGAAAAUAAGAAUGCAUCAAAAUCCUUUAGGAUAGGAAUGAAGAGAGGAUCAGAUGGACUAAAGACAUUUGGAAGAUCACUGAAAAGUGGAGUCACCUGGCAAGUGUUCCCAGAAGAUCUUAAAGUAUCAGAGACUAAAAUAUUUGAUCCUCAAGACAAGACCCUUUUGCUGUGGAACAAGUUUUUUGAGCUUCUGUGUAUUAUUUCAGUGUCAUGUGAUCCUCUCUUCUUCUACCUUCCCUACUUCAACCUCAGAUCACACUGCCUCGCCAUUGAUACUGCACUUGCAUCUACUGCUAUUAUUCUGAGAUCAAUACUUGACGCUAUCUAUCUCAUCCGCGUGGCUUUCCAAUUCCGGACUGCUUAUAUUGCACCAUCCUCUCGGGUGUUUGGACGAGGUGAACUUGUCAUUGAUCCUAAAAAGAUUGCCAAGAGAUACCUAGGGCGUUACUUCAUCAUUGAUUUCAGUUCUGUGCUGCCAUUGCCACAGAUUGUGGUGGCCAACUAUCUUCGCAAAGCAAAAGGUUUAGAGGUGUUGGCCACAAAAACUACGCUACUGAGAGUGGUCAUCCUCCAAUACAUUCCGAGAUUUGCACGCUUUAUCCCUUUAGCUACGGAAGUUAAGAAGACAGCUGCUGUUUUUUCUGAUAAUGCACUUGUGGGUGCCACCUACUAUUUGGUUUGGUACAUGCUUGUUAGUCAU